GCUGCCUCUAGGGUUUUUCUUUUGGAUCAGACUCUGCGGCUUAGUCGUCUAUCGUAGCUUCGAUACCUUAAUCAUGGCGGAACAGACGGAGAAGGCUUUUCUGAAGCAGCCGAAGGUGUUUCUUAGCUCGAAGAAAUCGGGGAAAGGAAAGAGGCCAGGAAAAGGAGGAAAUCGGUUUUGGAAGAGCAUUGGCUUGGGGUUUAAAACUCCAAGAGAGGCUAUUGAAGGAACAUAUAUUGAUAAGAAGUGUCCAUUCACUGGCACUGUUUCCAUUAGGGGGCGUAUACUGGCAGGUACCUGCCACAGUGCCAAGAUGGUGAGAACCAUCAUUGUUAGACGUAACUAUCUUCACUAUGUGAAGAAGUAUCAAAGGUACGAAAAGAGGCACUCUAACAUUCCAGCACACAUAGCUCCUUGCUUUAGGGUGAAAGAGGGAGACCACGUCAUCAUUGGCCAGUGCAGGCCUUUGUCGAAGACAGUGAGGUUUAAUGUAUUAAAAGUGAUUCCUGCUGGAUCAUCCACAGCUGGUAAGAAGGCUUUCACCGGUAUUUAAGUCGAGAAUUUUCAGUCCAGUAUUUGUUUAUGUGAAGGGGAUAAUAUGUUAGCAUGAGCUUUCUUUAGCUAAAUGAUCUUGUCACUUUAUUUAUUAACUGAGUUUUCCAUUAUUGUGAUACUACUGCAAUUUUGAUUUCCCAAGUUUUGCUUAUUUUCAUCA